AUGACCGUAGACAAAGCGGCGCCGUUUGUGAUCCCGACGAUCGACGUUGCACCGUAUCUGCAGGACCCAUCGUCGGCGGCCUCGGCCCGAGUCGUCGAAGCCGCCCGGGAGGCCUGCAUCACCAGCGGCUUCUUCCAGAUAGUCAACCACGGCAUCGCGAAAGAGCUACAGCAGUCCGUGCUGAAGUCCAGUGAGGCCUUCUUCGCGCUGCCCUUGGAAGAGAAGAGAAAGCUGCUGCACCCAACCCUGAAGAAUAGGGGAUACGAGCUCAUCGGCUCUCAGGCCUUACAGGAGGGCGCCCUGCCGGAUCUGAAGGAGGCGUUCUACGUCGGGCAGCACAUUCCGCAGGACGAUGAGCGGUCAAGAAAGCAUCCCCAUCUGAUUGGGCCCAACAUCUUCCCGCCAGCGUUUCCAGACGAGGUCAUGAAGGUGCCGACAGAGGCCUACUACCGGGAGCUCUUCGGCCUCUCAUGUAAGGUCAUGGAGGUUCUGGCCAAGGGUCUGCCAUACGGGGACGACAUCUUCGUGCCGUUCACCUCGAACGACCCUGUCUGCUCCAUCAGACUGCUGCACUACCCUCCCCAGAAAUCGACCGACGCACGACAGCUUGGCGCAGGCGCCCACACGGAUUUCGGUGCGAUCACGCUGUUGUGGCAGGACAUGUCCGGGGGGCUCGAGGUCUACAACCGCGCCACCGACGAAUGGAUCCCGGUAGACCCCAACCCGGAUAGCUACGUGGUCAACAUCGGCGACAUGCUCUCCAUGUGGACCAAGAACGAAUACAAAUCCACUGUGCACCGCGUCACCAACAAGAGCAGCGGCGACCGGUACUCGGUGCCCUUCUUCUUUGACGGCAACACCGAUGUCAAACUCGACCCGUUCGACGGCAGCGAGCCGAUCGGUGGGAAGGCCCUGACGGCCGAGGAGCACAUGUUGGAACGGUUCGGCACUACGUAUGGGCGGGUCGAGAAAGCGACCGCCGGCUGA